UUUCUCUUUCGGUUCGUUCAAAUGGUUCGUCUGUUUCUUACACUUUCUCCGGCGAUUCCCCGAUUCAAUCUUUAUCCUGGAACCUCAAUAUUAGCGACUAAUCCUUCACUCAGAUUACAAAAACACCUUAAACUUAGAACCAAAACCCCGAAUUUCUCGUUAAUCUCUCCUUCAUCUUCACCCAAUUUUCAAAGGACACGUUUUUAUUCUACCGGAACAAGAAUCUACUCGUUACCCAAUAGCGAAAAUUCGAAUUUUGAUGAUAAUUUGGUUGUUCUUGGUAUUGAAACGAGCUGCGACGACACUGCCGCAGCUGUUGUGAGAGGUAAUGGUGAAAUUCUCAGUCAAGUCAUUUCUUCUCAGGCAGAAUUGCUUGCCCAAUAUGGAGGCGUCGCUCCUAAACAGGCUGAAGAAGCACACUCCCGAGUUAUCGAUAAGGUUGUGCAAGACGCGCUUGAUAGAGCCAGUUUGACCGAGAAGGAUCUCUCUGCUGUUGCUGUUACCAUUGGACCUGGUUUGAGCCUCUGUCUACGCGUUGGUGUGCGAAAGGCUCGUAGCGUUGCUGGUAACUUCAGUCUCCCAAUUGUCGGGGUGCAUCACAUGGAGGCUCAUGCCCUUGUAGCUAGGUUAGUAGAGCAAGAAUUAAGCUUUCCGUUCAUGGCAUUGCUUAUAUCAGGAGGGCACAAUCUGCUAGUUCUUGCGCAUAAGCUUGGUCAGUACACACAACUUGGGACUACAGUAGAUGAUGCUAUAGGCGAGGCAUUUGACAAGACAGCAAAAUGGCUCGGUCUUGAUAUGCGCAGGAGUGGUGGACCAGCUGUUGAACAACUUGCUCUGGAGGGUGAUGCAAAGUCUGUUAAGUUUAAUGUUCCAAUGAAAUAUCAUAAAGAUUGCAACUUUUCUUAUGCUGGUUUGAAGACACAAGUGAGGCUAGCCAUUGAAGCCAAAGAAAUCGAUGCUAAAUGUCCUGUCUCUUCUGCAACAAACGAAGACAGAAGAAACCGUGCUGAUAUCGCCGCUUCUUUCCAGCGAGUAGCUGUCUUGCAUCUGGAGGAAAAGUGUGAGCGAGCUAUAGACUGGGCACUAGAACUCGAGCCUUCUAUAAAACAUAUGGUAGUCUCUGGUGGUGUUGCUUCAAACAAGUAUGUACGACUCCGACUUAAUAACAUUGUCGAAAACAAAAACCUGAAACUUGUUUGCCCUCCUCCUAGCCUUUGCACAGACAAUGGAGUAAUGGUGGCUUGGACUGGUCUCGAGCAUUUCCGUGUAGGAAGGUACGAUCCACCUCCACCUGCAACUGAACCUGAUGAUUUUGUGUAUGAUCUUCGACCAAGGUGGCCUCUUGGAGAGGAGUAUGCAAAAGGAAGAAGCAAAGCUCGUUCUAUGAGAACUGCGCGGAUUCACCCGUCACUUACUUCAAUUAUCCGAGCAGAUUCUCUUCAACAACAAACAUAAACGUAGCAAGAAAGAUAGUCUCGUGUAACUAAAAAUCUUUGUAGCUUCCUUUGUCUCUCAAAUCUUGUAACCUUUUCACUGAGGAACAAACGCUUUUCCGGUUAAUUUAGUUUCGUUCAGUCAGUGGUCCCGGUUAAGCUAAACCGUGGUCCUCAGAAUCCUUAUCAUUCUUCACAUCGAUUGGUUCUCUGUCUUCAACGAUUGAUCAAACGAUUAAACUCGUUAUCUCUCC